ACAAUUACAGACUGCAGCAAAAGGAUGAACGGAGCUCUAGGAAAGGUGCUGUGUCUGAGGAACAACACCAUUUUUAUGCAAGCCUUUUCCCUCUUAAGGUUCAGAACUUCAGGAGAGAAUCCUGUCUGUUCUGCAGAUUAUACAUGUACAUGGAACAAGUUUUAAAAGAUACAAAAGAGCGUAAAGUAAAAAGUGGCAUUCUGCUGAAUACUAGUCGUCACUACAAGACAAAGCCAACCCAUGGCAUUGGAAGAUACAAGCACCUAGUUAAAACACAAGAGCCCAAGAAGAAGAGGGCAAAAGUGGAAGUGAGACCCAUUAAUUUGGGGACAGAUUAUGAAUAUGGGGCUUUAAACAUUCACGUGACUGCGUACGACAUGGCCGUGGCGGAGAGUUAUGCCCAAUAUGUUCACAACCUCUGUAACCAUCUCUCCAUUAAAGUCGAGGAAAGUUAUGCGAUGCCCACCAAAACCAUGGAGGUGUUGCAGCUGCAGGACCAAGGCAGCAAAAUGUUCUUGGACUCAGUUCUUACCACCCAUGAGCGAGUAGUUCAGAUCAGCGGUUUGAGUGCUACAUUUGCAGAGAUUUUCUUGGAAAUAAUCCAAAGCAAUCUUCCUGAAGGAGUCAAACUGUCAGUGAGAGAGCACACUGAAGAGGACUUCAAGGGAAGGUUCAAAGCUCGGCCAGAACUGGAAGAACUGUUAGCCAAGUUGAACUAGCUCAUUCCCGACCCUUUCCUGCCAGCACCGGUGACAUUGAGUGCCAAGGGGAAGAGCUUCCUGGGUGGCCAAAGUUAAGCAGGAGUCUCUCACCCUUAGAUAUCAUAAGUAGACAUCCCCACAGGCAGGAAUGCCUCCUCUUCUCUAUGGAGGAGUGCUUACCAAUUGUCACCACUUUCCUCUGAGCCAACCCUAGGUAUCCUCCAUCUAAUAAAGAUCUGCUGAUGAUG